AUGCCUUCCAGCGAUGCAAUGAUAACGCGUGUGUGCCGAACCUUUAGCGAUGCCUUCUCUAGGGAUGAGGCGACGGCAAGAGAUCAGGGGAAAAAGUAUUGGAUCAGUCGUGUUUUGGGAUCAGGUGCGACAGGGACGGUGCUGUGUGCAAAGCGUGUGUCCGACGCAGAGACGUUUGCGGUGAAGGUAGUGGACAUGGAAGGCAUGUCGGAGGCUGACAAGAAUCGUGCACAGGCGGAGGUGCACUGUCUGCUGAGCUGCGACUUCUUCUCAGUCUUGAAGUGCCAUGAGGACUUCGCUAGGAAGGACCCACAGAAUGAGGAAAACGUGCUAAUGAUUGCUCUUGUUCUUGACUACGCCAACGCUGGGGAUCUCCGACAGGAAAUAAAGAGCCGUGCGAAGAACAAUAGGCCAUUCAUGGAGCACGAAGCCGGCAUGUUAUUCCUUCAGUUGCUUCUUGCACUACACCACGUGCAUUCGCGGCACAUGAUUCACCGGGACGUCAAGACUGCCAAUAUUCUGCUGUGCAGCAAUGGACUCAUCAAGCUUGGCGACUUUGGGUUCAGUAAGAUGUACUCUGCCACUGUCUCAGAUGAUGUGGGUAAGACAUUCUGCGGCACACCGUACUACGUUGCGCCAGAGAUAUGGCGGCGGAAGCCCUACAGCAAGAAGGCUGAUCUGUUCUCUCUUGGUGUACUGCUGUACGAGCUACUGACACUGAAGCGUCCCUUUGACGGUGCCAAUAUGCAGGAGGUGAUGCAGAAGACACUCAGUGGGAAGUAUGAGCCACUGCCUUCCUCAAUUAGCCCUGAGAUGUCUGGAAUAGUGUCAUCACUUCUUUCCAGUGACCCCCGGGCUCGCCCUUCAAGCAGCAAGUUGUUGAACACACCUAUCUGUAAAUUGUUUAUGUCUGGUUUGUUUGAGAUUGUGCAGUCGCAGUCGUCGUUUGAUGGCCCGAUGCGUGAGGCAAUAUCGUCGCAUCUUCAGGAGGUGAAGCAGCUUCUCAAGGCUGAUAGGCAAAUCAGCGUCAGACAAAUGGAGGAAUCGCUGGCAACAGCAGCAUCGACGACCAUCCUUGAGGGGGCGACUACUAUGAUGAAUGUGGGAGACCUUACGCUGUAUGAGGGCAAUGUGAAGAAGCAGAGCGGAGAUCUUGUGUGGAAGCGGCGGUACCUAUGCAUACGCGGAGCGCUAGAAGAGGGUGAGAAGCUUGACGGCACCAGGCUACCCAAGUUCAAGAGCCUUGACUUGGUGCUUGCUGUGUCAAGGGAUACGAUGCGGCAGCAGUGCAUUGCAACCCCCUUCUCCGAGUUGGAGGAUGUGUUCCCCGUGCCGAGCAAGUACACAGGGUCUAAUGCGCAGCACGUGUUUGCUGUUGCAUUCAAAACGGGAAAGCGGCUUCUGUUUCAGGCGCGCGGUGAACCUGAGCGAGAUGAAUGGAUGCAGAAGAUUCAAGAAACACUUGGAAUUGGGGAUGCGGAAUAG